ACCUGGGCCCGCCCCGCGGUCCGACCCCCUUCCCGCUACGCAUCUUGCGUAGCUGGCGCCGCUUGCGUGGAGGCGUACGCCCGGGGGAUUCUCUCUCCUCAGAGCCGGUAUGCGGCUGGCUGCCUGGCUGACGGAGUGUGGGAUGUGAUGUGACCCGCCAGAGAAAAUGGCGGCGGCAGGAGGCUCCGCUGCGGCGGCGGCGGAUCGCAUCCCUUCGGCGGGAUUAUCGCCGGGUGCCGAAGCCGCCGCCGCCGCCUCCUUUUCCCUGGCGCCCGCCCGGAGCCCGAAGCUGGUGAGGAGCGGCGUGGUCGGAGGGCUCCUGACGAGAGACUCGGGCGGCGGCGGCGGCGGCAGAGAGCCGCGCUCGGACUGGAGGCGGAAGCAGCUGCGCAAAGUGCGGAGCGUGGAGCUGGACGGGCUGCCGGAGUCCGCCGACUGCCCGGAGCUGCCCCUCUGCCUCUCAGCAGCCGGGGGCGCCACGGCGGGCGGCGCCUCCUUCUCGGCUGCCCAGCCCGCGCGCUCCACCCCCGGCAGCCCCGCGUCGUCCCCCAGCCGCAGCUUCCACGAGCAGCCGCCGCUGGACGCCGGGAGCCAAGCGGCCGGGGCCGAGAGGACCAUGGAGCCGCCUCCGCCGCCCCACUCGGCGCCAGGUCGUGACAUGGAGAAUAAAGAAACUCUCAGGGGGUUGCAGAAAAUCGAUGACCGCCCAGAAGAGCGCAUGAUCAGAGAGAAACUCAAGGCGACGUGUAUGCCUGCCUGGAAGCAUGAAUGGCUGGAAAGGAAGAGCAGGAGAGGUCCUGUGGUGGUAAAGCCAAUACCAAUAAAAGGAGAUGGCUAUGAAGUAACUAAACCAGCAGUAGAAGCUCCGACUGAAGGGCAAACAACUGCUACUUCACCUACUCAAAAGGGAAGACGGAGCCCUUCUCCUAGCAGUUCAUCCUCAUCCUCUUCUAGGACUAUUAAGUCGGAAUCUCCUGGAGUAAGAAGAAAAAGAGUAUCUCCAGUGCCUUUUCAGAGUGGAAGAAUAACACCACCACGAAGAGCUCCGUCUCCAGAUGGCUUCUCUCCAUAUAGUCCCGAGGAAACCAAUCGCCGAGUCAAUAAAGUCAUGAGAGCCAGACUGUACCUCUUACAGCAGAUAGGACCCAAUUCAUUCUUGAUAGGAGGAGAUAGCCCUGAUAAUAAAUACAGGGUUUUCAUUGGGCCUCAGACCUGCAGCUGUGGUCGUGGAACAUUUUGUAUUCAUCUUCUGUUUGUUAUGCUUCGAGUGUUUCAACUUGAACCUUCAGAUCCAAUGCUUUGGAGAAAGACCUUGAAGAACUUUGAGGUUGAGAGUUUGUUCCAGAAAUAUCACAGUAGGCGUAGUUCAAGAAUCAAAGCCCCCUCUCGUAACACCAUUCAGAAGUUUGUAUCACGCAUGUCAAAUUCUCAUACAUUGUCAUCAUCUAGUACGUCUACAUCUAGUUCAGAAAACAGUAUCAAAGAUGAAGAAGAACAAAUGUGCCCCAUUUGCUUGCUAGGCAUGUUGGAUGAAGAGAGUUUGACUGUUUGUGAAGAUGGCUGCAGAAAUAAGCUUCACCACCAUUGCAUGUCAAUAUGGGCAGAGGAAUGUAGAAGAAACAGAGAGCCUCUUAUAUGUCCUCUUUGUAGAUCCAAGUGGCGAUCUCAUGACUUCUAUAGUCAUGAGUUGCCAAGCCCUGUUGACUCACCUUCUGUUCUUCGUGUGGUCCAGCCCCAAACGCCGCAGCCCACAGCUGGCUCACCAAGGAGGAGUCAAGAUAGUAAUUUCAACCUUACUCAUUAUGGGGUUCAGCAAAUCCCAUCAGCUUAUAAGGAGUUAGCUGAACCAUGGAUUCAGGUAUUUGGAACAGAACUAGUUGGCUGCUUGUUUUCUCGUAACUGGAAUAUACGUGAGAUGGCCCUUAGACGCCUUUACCAUGAUGUUAGUGGUGCUCUGUUAUUGGCCAACGGGGAAAGCACUGGAAAUUCUGGAAGCAACAGUGGGAACACCACAAGUGCUGGAACUCUAGGAGCAGCUAGUGGGUCAUCGCAGACCAGUAUCUCAGGAGAUGUUGUCGUGGAGUCCUGCUGCAGUGUACUUUCCAUGGUCUGUGCUGAUCCCGUCUACAAAGUGUAUGUUGCUGCUUUAAAAACAUUAAGAGCCAUGCUUGUAUAUACACCCUGCCAUACCCUAACAGAAAGGGCGAAGUUGCAGCAGCUUCUAAAGCCAGUUAUAGAGACUAUAUUGGUGAAAUGCGCAGAUGCAAACAGCCGCACAAGCCAGCUUUCAGUUUCAACGCUCCUGGAGAUGUGCAAGGGCCAGGCAGGAGAGCUGGCAGUUGGUAGAGAAAUAUUUAAAACUGGCCCCAUUGGUAUUGGUGGCAUUGAUUUCAUUUUAAAUUGCAUCCUUGGAACACAACCUGAAUCAAACAACUGGCAAGCACUUCUUGGGCGUCUUUGUCUUAUCGACAGGCUGCUGUUGGAGUUUCCUGGUGAAUUUUAUCCUCACAUUGUCAGUGGGGAUAUUUUGCAGGCAGACACCGUAGUAGACAGGUACAAGAAGCUGCUUUCACUAUUGAACUUUGCUCUGCAGUCGAUUGAUAAUUCCCAUUCAAUGGUUGGCAAACUGUCACGAAGAGUAUUUUUAAGUGCUGCCAGAAUGGUCGCAAGAGUACCCCAUGUGUUUGUGAAACUGUUAGAAAUGUUGAGUAUGACAAGCUCAACACAUCAUACCAGAAUGCGUCGGCGGCUGAUGGCUAUAGCAGAUGAAAUGGAAAUAGCAGAAGCCAUCCAGCUAGGUAUGGAGAACGUGCAUUCUGGGCAUGACUUUGCACAGCCUCCAGUUCCUGAUAACUCUCCAGAGUCUACGGGGAGCAACACUCCCAAUAACACAAUCCACUUAUCAGGGAAAAAUGGGAAAAGUUUAGGUGAUAAAAAAUCAGGUGCCAGUCCUGAGGACGUUUCUGAUGCAGUGGCUGGCAUUUCUUUAGGUCUUUCUGUUUCUUCAGGAACUCUGGAGCAACCAAAACCAGCCAUUCAGACAAAAGGUAGACCCCAUAGUCAGUGCUUGAACUCUUCUCUCUCAUCCUGUCAUUCCCAGUCAGUAUUCCCAACUCUGCCUUCCCAUACUACUCCACCUGUACCAGCAGGAACGGAUGUUUCUAAACUCAGACCUCAGGGAUUUGUUCCCUGCAAAAUACCCACUGCCUCUCCCCAAAUGCAACGGAAGCUUUCUCUCCAAAUUCAAAGAAACUGUGUUGAAAAUAAAGAAUCCGAAAAGCUUUCUCCAGUCUUUACACAGCCCAGGCCUUUGCCUUUCAGUCACAUACACCGGCCAAAGCCAUCUCGACCUACUACGUGUGACCUGAACAAACAGGGUGAAGCUUCCAAAAAUAACAUGACGCUUAAUUUAAACGAUAUAGCACAGUGUGAUAGUAGUGCGGUUAUCCCAAGUGAAGAGACUGUUUUCACCCCAGUAGAAGACAAACGUAGUCAACUGGAUCUUAAUACAGAGCUCAAUUCCAGUAUGGAGGACUUACUUGAGGCAUCCAUGCCAACAAGCGAUGGAACGGUCACAUUCAAGUCUGAAGUGGCCGUUCUGUCUCCUGAACGAGCAGAAAAUGACGACACGUACAAAGAUGACGUGAAUCACAAUCAGAAAUGCAAGGAAAAGAUGGAAGCUGAAGAAGAGGAAGCUUUAGCUAUUGCCAUGGCUAUGUCAGCAUCUCAGGAUGCGCUUCCAGUAGUUCCUCAACUGCAGGUUGAAAAUGGUGAAGAUAUCAUUAUUAUUCAGCAGGAUACACCGGAGACCCUGCCUGGGCAUACCAAAGCAAAGCACCAUUACAGGGAAGACAUGGAGUGGCUUAAAGGUCAACAAAUUGGCCUUGGUGCCUUUUCUUCAUGUUAUCAAGCUCAGGAUGUUGGAACUGGGACAUUAAUGGCGGUGAAACAGGUGACGUAUGUCAGAAAUACAUCGUCAGAGCAGGAAGAGGUGGUAGAGGCCUUGAGGGAGGAGAUAAGAAUGAUGAGUCAUCUGAAUCACCCAAAUAUCAUUCGAAUGUUGGGUGCUACAUGUGAAAAGAGCAACUACAAUCUCUUUAUAGAAUGGAUGGCAGGGGGAUCUGUUGCUCAUUUGUUAAGUAAAUAUGGAGCCUUCAAAGAGUCUGUAAUUACAAAUUACACAGAACAGCUGCUUCGUGGCCUUGCUUAUCUUCAUGAGAAUCAAAUCAUUCACCGAGAUGUCAAAGGUGCCAACUUGCUAAUUGACAGUACAGGUCAUAGGUUAAGAAUUGCUGAUUUUGGAGCUGCAGCUAGGUUGGCAUCUAAAGGAACUGGUGCUGGAGAGUUUCAAGGACAAUUGUUGGGGACCAUUGCAUUUAUGGCGCCUGAGGUGUUAAGAGGCCAACAGUAUGGUAGGAGCUGUGAUGUGUGGAGCGUUGGUUGUGCUGUUAUAGAAAUGGCUUGUGCUAAACCCCCUUGGAACGCUGAGAAACAUUCCAAUCAUCUUGCUUUGAUAUUUAAGAUUGCCAGUGCAACUACAGCUCCAUCAAUUCCAUCACAUCUGUCUCCAGGUUUAAGAGAUGUGGCACUUCGAUGUUUGGAGCUUCAACCUCAGGACAGACCACCAGCAAGGGAGUUGCUGAAACACCCCGUCUUCCGCACUACGUGGUAGUUAUGUAAAAGUGGGAAUACACUGAUCAUGAUGCUACUGAAUAGAAAACAGUGCUGGUCUUCCUGUGCAGCUUGUUAUGGCAGUAUGUUGUAACUGCUCAGCUGGCCCUAGUUAUACCUUUUGAGGACUUGAGGUCAGCAGAGGACCUGUACUUAAGUAUGUGACUGACAAAUCGAGAUCUCUACCUAAGCUUAGUAUGCAACGUUUCACAAAUCGUGCAAAAAUAUGUAAACUGUGCCUUUCUCAAAGAUCUGGCUCUUGGUGACAGAAAAGCAAUUCCUCUUUUCAAUCUGCAUGAUUAUUUAGUGGAGAGGUGAUUUUUUUAAAAAAAAAUUAUUUGGGAGCACUUUUUCAGCAAUGUUAGCAACUGAGGGGCUCAGGAGCCAUUGGUAAAACUGCUGUUGCUGUUCCAUUUCACACCAUGCAGAGAUAAGCAAUUUUGGCUCUGCAACCCAAUGUUAUUUGUUCCACCACUGGUUAUGAUGAAUGUUCAGUGUAUGUGUAUAAUGAGAAAAUAAACUUUGGACAGUUUCAAGACCACAUUUUGCCUUCUUAAGAGUCACUGAGUAUGGCAGUUGUGGUUUACUGUGCAUUCAUUUACUGCUAGCCUUGUAACUUCUCUGUUGAAGUUAUGGCUCUGUGCUUUCAUUUUUUUCCUUUGUUUCGUAUUCAGGGAAAAUGGAUCUUUUAAAACAUAUCCAGAAUAGCUGGAACAAGGUUCAAGCUAAAACGUUGCUGGAUAGCUUGUUUUUCUAAGCGACUGUGAUGCAGAUUGAUAUGAAAAUCCAAGAUAAAUGCUGUCUUUGAUUCAGUGUUUUUAAUAGGAUGUUUGAGGGGAUUCCACAGUUAUUUUGAAUAACAGAACAUGUUACAUUUUGGAGCCUUUUUCAUGUAAAAAAUUCUCUUGGUAAAACUGUGUAAAAGCAGCUUCAUAUGUCAUGUCUGCUGCCACCCAGCUCUGCUGUUAUCAGCCUUUAGGAAACAAAGCUUUAAAUCCAGUCUUGCUCUGUUUAGCACUGCAUACGUGUCCACUCUUGAUAUCAUUUUGCCUGCUGUUUUCCUUCUGCCAUACAUCAUUUGUUUACAGUUACAAUUAGAGAUAAAAUUUCCAGAAAUUUUGAAGCCAUGGGGGAGAGAGCAGAAAGUUUUUCAAGUUGGGUAGCCAGCCAUGUUUGUCUGUAGCAGUAGAAAAGAGCAAGAGUCCAGUAGCACCUAUAAGACUAACAAAAUUUGUGGUAGGAUAUGAGCUUUCGUGAGUCAUGUAGUAUCUGCAGAAGUGAGCCUGUCACUCACAAAAGCUUAUACCCUACCACAAAUUUUAUUAGUCUUAUAGGUGCUACUGGACUCUAGGAUUUUUUUCAGGUGUUUUUAAAAAACUGAAAUUUUGGGGGAAAUUGAACUAUAUUGAAAUAUUUUCCUAUCAAACCGAAACAUAUUUUACUACUUUACCAAUAUAAAAUGCAUCUUGUAAUUUAGUUAGCACAUAAAAUGGUACUGAUUGGAGUAUUUAUGGAAUUUUAAAAUAUAAAUGGCUUAGUUCUCUAUAAGCAAAACUGCAGGUAUAUCACUUGAAAGACUGCUGCAAACUGCAGCACCUUAGAGCAUAUAUCUUAAUUUUUGCCUUCUGAGGCAAAAAAUAAAUAAAUAGGAAAAAAUUGAAAUUAAAAAAUCAGUGUUGUUAACAAGAGAAUAUAGCAUUUGGACAGACAUUCUCAUGUAGUUAUGAUAUGACUAUCAACCUAUUUGGCUAUCAAGUUAAAGUUCAUAAUCUUGAGAAUAUUGACCUCCAUAAUACAGUAUCACACAUUAGAGCAUAUUAAUUGAGGAAAAAUUAUUCAUAUUUAAACCAUAAACAUAUCUUUGAAAAUAUGUUGACUGUCUACAUAGGAAUUAAUCUAGUGGUAUAGACUGUCUUAUGUAAAAAACAUUUGUGCUACAACUUUCAAGUAAAACCUUGUCUUGAAGAAAAUUGUCAGUGCUUCUCAAAAUUCCCAGUUUUAUAUCAAAAAAUGAGGGGGGGGAAUUCUGGGUAGAAGAUAUAGUGUUUUUUCUCUGUAUUUUCCAGGUUUUCACAAUUGGAUAUUGUGUAAUUGGGCAAUUUUUUUAAAAAAAGCAUUAAAACCCUAGUUCUUUAGAAGGCGGCAUAUACGGAAAAAUGAGCUUGAAUUUUAGGAAGGGGAAAGUCGUUAAUAAAAUGUGACAAAAUGCUUCACCAAGAGUGCAGACUACUUUUUAGCAAAUGCUUACGUGUAUUAUGAUGAUUUUAAUUAUGGGCUUUUAGAUUCUGAUGCAUGGAAUAUUGAAGGAAAAUGGCAGCUGUUCUUUUGCUUUUUAAUGAGUCUUUUAAAAAUAAAGUACUGAUUUGUGUUUCAAUCAUCUUUGUUAAAUAACUGUUUGUGUUUUAACUCUUCAGAAGCCAGUUGAAUUAUUGACCAGAAAUUGGUUAUGCUCAAAGACUCAGGACAAACUAAAUAAGCUAUAGUGCUGUACAUUAUUAACAAUGUAUAGUCUCACAAAUUGGAAUCAAAACAAGAGGUUUACAGCAAUGAUCAUGCUAGCAUUAACUAAAAGCAAUUAUCAUGAAUUGUGGAUGUGUAUUUCUUCUUGAAAUGUUACAUUCCUUUUGCUUUUUGAAAAUUGGCAAAUUUUGAAGAGUUAAAAACAAAAUUGAAAUGUGAAGUUUGGUAGUUCUGUUUUUGUAUAUGACUUCUGUUUCUUGACAGUUUAGAGUUUCUCAUUAUUCUAAUCAGAUUUGUUUCCAAGUCUCUCAUGUGCAAGCUUUAAAGGAUGAACUCUUGCCAAUUCAUGUACUGGAAGAUCGGUUGUCAGAUCAAUGCUGUUUCUGACAAAAAUGUCAAUUGUAUUAAAUUGAUGAACCUCAGCUAAUCAGUAUUACCUUUUUAGAUCGCCAUGUCUACCACGUAUCAAACUCAGACUGCCUCUUGGUGUCUAAAUGUGUUGAGUUCUAUUGCAUUUCCCUCCGCUUGCUGGUAAUUGUGGUGUGUUUUAAAAUGCAGAUGUGAUGUAAUCUUUAUUUUCUUUGGAUCAAAGCUGGACUGAAAAUUGUAUUGUGUAAUUAUUUUUGUGUUCUUAAUGUUAUUUGGUACCUAAGUUGUAAAUAACGUCUACUGCUGUUUUAUUCCAGUUUCUACUACCUCAGGUGUCCUAUAGAUUUUCUUCUACCAAAGUUCACUUUCACAAUGAAAUUAUAUUUGCUAUGUGACUGAUUCCUAAGACUUCCAGGGGCUUAAGGGCUAACUUCUAUUAGCACCUUACUGUGCAAGUAAAUUUUUAAAAUCUCUGGGUUAAGAAAAUUUGGCUUCAUUAUAUCCUUUGUUAUUUUAAAUAUAUCAAGAUAUUUUAAUUAAAAGUUUUUACCCUGUUGAACCAA